AUGCAUGACCCUCAAGAAGAACAUCAGGAGGCGGCACUUAGAGUGGUCCGUUCUUUAAAGGGAACUGUCGGACAUGGAGUUUUGUUCCUGAAGAAUGGGCACCUAGAUUUUCACGGAUAUACAGAUGCUGAUUGGGCAGGGAACCUAGUCGACAGACGUUCUACUGGUGGAUAUUUCACCUUUGUUAGUGGAAAUUUAGUCAUGUGGAGGAGUAAGAAGCAAAAGGUAGUGACUCUCUCAAGUGCCGAAGCCGAGUUUCGAGGCAUCAAGAGCGGUUUAACCAAAAUCCUUUGGCUUAGGAGAUUGAUGAAGGAGCUAAACUUAGAACUUGUAAAUUGUUGUGUGACAAUAAAGCUGCAAUCAGUAUCUCGAAGAAUCCAGUACAACAUGAUAGAACUAAACACGUCGAAAUUGAUCGGCACUUCAUAA